GUUGUGUUGCAAUGGGAGGAGAAAGCAGCAGUCCAGACUCCCCAGUGUCUCCCAGUGUGUCUGAGCUGAGACUGUUGCUGCUGGGGAGGACUGGGGCUGGGAGGAGUGCAGCAGCAAACACCAUCCUGGGCAGAGAGGAGUUUGGGGCCCAGGCCGGCCCCUCUGCAGUGACCCAGAGGAGUAAGAGGAGAGAGGGGGAUGUGUGUGGGAGACUGCUGGUGCUGGUGGACACUCCGGACUGGUUCUGUCCCGGACUCUCUCUGGAGGAGCUGAGACAGGAUGUGGGGCUCUGUGUCCGUCUGUCUGCCCCGGGACCCCACACCUUUCUCCUAGUCAUACCUGUGGAGCCCUCCAAGAGGGAGGAGAGUGGGGUGCUGGAGAGAAUAGAGGAGAUGUUUGGGGAGGGUUGUUGGGCACAUACUGUUAUUCUAUCCACCCAUGCUGAUGGCCUGAAAGAGCAGAGCAUUGGGGAGUUUCUCCAAGCAGGGAGCCAGGACCUCCAGCAGCUUGUAGAGAAAUGUGGGAGCAGGUACCAGGUCCUCAACAUUAAGGACAGAGCCCAUGGCACUCAGAUCCCAGAGCUGCUGGAGCAGGUAGAGGAGAUGGUGGUAGGAAAUAGAGAGAGAUUCUACAGCAGUCAGACCUACCAGGAGGCAGAGACCUAG